AUGCAGCGUGUUGCUGCAAUCCUGGCUAUCUGCCACGUGUGUGCGUGGGGUGAGCAGGAUGGGAGAAAGUCCACAACCUCCACACCGAGCCUGCGGCCCACGAAGGUGGACGAUGCAGCAAGGACUUGCGAGGAUGAGUUUGGAUCUUUCGUCCGAAAGUUCAAGAAGCACUACGACUCUCCGGAAGAGGAGGAGAUGAGGAUGAAUAUCUUUUGCGACCGCUUGGCAUGGAUCAAGAAGAGAAACGGCGAGAACCACAAGUACACUGUGGGCAUAACGCCUUUCGCAGACCUGAGUCCGGAUGAGUUUCGGUCCACUUACGGUAUAUCGGCAAAGUACAGGAAUGCCAACAUCUCUGAAAUUUGGGGAGGCCUGGAGGAAGUCAACGACCCCUCGUUUUUCCGGUCCACGGCAGCUCCAAGUUCGGUCGACUGGCGCAAAGAGGGUGCCGUGUCGGCUGUCCAGGAUCAGGGGAAGUGCGGCUCCUGUUGGACCUUUGCCACAACCGGUGCGCUGGAAGGCGCCUGGAAGUUGGCCGGCGGAUCGCUAUACGUGCUGUCGUCCCAGCAGCUCCUGGACUGUGCUGACGAAAAUUACGGAAACCUGGGAUGCGACGGCGGAAACGAGAAGAGGGGCUAUGAAUACAUCACGGACGAAGGGCUCUGCCAGGCUCAGGACUACAGCUACAAGGCGGUGCAAAGUGAAUGCCAAGCCUCCAACUGUACCCAGGUGAUCCCCCCAGGAGGGGUGCUUCGGGCGAUUUCAGUUGAGCAAGACGAGAAUGGACUGAUGCAGGCAGUGGCCCAACAGCCGGUUGCGGUCAACAUCGAUGGGGAAAGUUUGGUGUUCCAGUUGUACACAGGUGGAAUCAUUAGUGGAGCCUGUGGUACCAAGAUUGACCACGCAGUCCUCAUCGUUGGCUACGGAACCGAUCAAGGAACGCCGUACUGGAUCAUCAAGAACUCGUGGGGCACCCAAUGGGGAGAAGAUGGAUUCGGCCGUAUCCAACGUGGUGUCAAUGGCACAGGUGAGUGUGGGAUCCGCUCACAGGCGGUCUACCCGGUUGUGACCACAUCACCAACACCACCAUCACCACCACCACAGCCAACACCACCAUCGCCAACAUCACCACCAGUGACGCCGGGAACCUGGGAUCCGCACACCACCUCCAUCGUCGCCAUUUCCUUAGCAGUAUUGAUGAGCUGCUGUGCCGUUGGUUUUUGCGUCCAAGCAGUGCGCAAGCACCGCGCUGGACGAGAGCCACUACUAGGGAGCUCUCCUCCCAUCGUGCAGGCCACUCCAGUGGCCACAGCUCCAGCUCGUCCAACGAGACGGAUCACCGCAGACGGUCGGCUGGUCGAAGAUCAGGCCGGGCGUUGA